AUGGAAGCUCAUCCGACCGUACCAUUAGCCAGUCCUACUCCGAAAACAGCAGAACAAAAGCAGUCUGACCAGAUAGCUUAUAGAGAUCUCGUCAUCUUUGAAGAGCGUUUACGAAGCAACAUGACAAGGUUACUCCAACGCAAGAAGAAGUUUGAAGCCCUGUUGUGUUUUCUUCUCUGUUGUCUGACGUACUUCUUUUACGCUGUAUUUGUUGAUCCUAGCAAGUUAUUUGUCUGCCAUCUCAUAAACACAGUCGCUCUUCUUGCAUCGGCAGGAAGUCUUGUAUUCUUUUAUAGAUCGGGGAUGUAUUCUGAAAAGAUCCUCUUUGCAUCCCAGUUUGUUCCACACUGCAACAGAGCGCUACAGUCAUUCAACCUACAGUUCAGUCCACGUAGUCGGCCUGGUGAGGUUGGAUUCUACAGCAAAAUCCCAAAGCAAUUUCAAGAUGGAUUUGAAGCCUAUCGUAAACACUAUUAUGCCCGUAAGAGGGCCCGGCAAGCAAAAUCAAAGCAAUCUUGA